AUGGUGAAUAGUAGUAGUAGUGGUAAUAAACCGCCGAAAAUGAAGCUGAAGCAACAUCCACAGCAACAAACUGAAAAUGUUGCAGCAAAAUCGGCGUCAAAUGAAAACACAAAUCAGGCACAGAAAUCGACACAAAUUGAAACCAAUGGAAAUUCCACAACGUCAAAACAAUUGGGACAAAAAACACAGAAUGGACAACAGCAACAACAAACAGUGACCACACCUGUAGCAGCAGCAACAACAACACCAACAUCCCAAUCAGUUACACAGACCCCCAAACAGAACAACAACAAUAAAAACGGCAACAACUCUAACAAUAACAAAGGUCGCAACAGUGUCAAUAACAACAACAACAAUAACAAGUCCAACAAAAACAAACAACAACAGCAGCAGAGUAAUUCGGAAAAUACCAAUCCCGGUGGCAAGGCGGGGAAAUAUGUCAAAUCCACAUCGUAUCGUAACUCCUCACACAGUUAUGCCCAAACCGUGGGUGGCAACUCCAAAAAGACCUACAACAAACCUCAACCCUUGGCCGCCUUCAAUGAUAAUCUGCCGCUGCCCCGCAGGAAUUCGAAAAAUUCCCAAAAGAAUGUCACAAAUGAAAAUCAAAAUCCCAAUGUACAAAAAUCCGGAGGAGGAGCAGGCGAAGUGCAAAAAGACAAAUCAAAACAGCCUAGCCCUGCCGAUCUCUUAACUGCAGCCCUAACCAAAUCCUGUGCCAAAUGUCAAAAACCCACAGCAUUGGCUGUGAGCAACGGCAACGAAUACAUGGACCAAAAUAAUUGCAACAACUUAGGGCAUCACUUGAAUCCCAAACAAUAUCGCAAAUCCAAAUCAUAUGUCAAUUCAUCGCGUUAUUCCUCAAAUGGUGAUCUAACACAACGAUCAGGGGGCUCCUCUUCGUCGUCGUCCAACAAUCACAACAAUAAUCGCCAUCACUAUCAUCGUUCACAAAGUGAUCGUCGCAAUUCGUUUGAUCGUCACUUUGCCGAACGCAACAAGAAUUUCGUACCCAUCGAAGCUCCGGCUCGGCCAAUUUUGGCCUCAUCUAAUAUUGCAGCUGUCAUCGCCGAUACCGAGAAAAUGGUGAUAAUUGAACGUCUGGGGAAAGGACGGCAUACGUAUCCCAUAAUGCAGGUAAGUGCAGAAUAG